AAAUGGGUCAUCUUCAAAUAUUAUAUGGAAAUCUUGCACCUGAAGGCUCAGCAGCAAAGAUCACAGGAAAAGAAGGGUUAUAUUUCUCUGGUCCUGCAUAUGUCUUUGAGGGGGAGGAAGCCAUGAUUGCAGCCAUCUCUGAAGACCCCAUGAGUUUUAAGGGGAAAGUGGUUGUUAUUAGAGGAGAAGGUCCUAAAGGGGGCCCAGGUAUGCCUGAGAUGCUGACACCAACAAGUGCAAUAAUGGGUGCAGGUCUUGGGAAGGUAAUUUUUAAGGUUUCAUUCAAAAUCGCUUAAAAAGUUAUAAUUUUUCUUGUUUCUAACAAAUUGUUUUUAAAAGCUAUUUAGAUUGUGUAAAUUAGUUAUAUAUUGAUGAGAUAAAAUUUUGUGAAAUUUUGUAGGAAUGUGCAUUAUUAACUGAUGGAAGAUUUUCAGGUGGUUCACACAGAUAUGUUGUUAGACAUAUUUUCCCUG